CAGGGCAACCGCAUCACACCGUCCUACGUGGCGUUCACGCCCGAGGGGGAGCGUUUGAUCGGGGAUGCCGCCAAGAACCAGCUUACAUCCAACCCCGAGAACACAGUGUUUGAUGCCAAGCGGCUCAUCGGCCGCACCUGGAACGACCCUUCUGUGCAGCAGGACAUCAAGUACCUGCCGUUCAAGGUUAUUGAGAAGAAAGCCAAGCCCCAUAUUCAAGUUGAUGUUGGUGGUGGACAGACCAAAACAUUUGCUCCUGAAGAAAUUUCCGCUAUGGUCCUGACAAAGAUGAAGGAAACGGCAGAGGCUUACUUGGGGAAGAAAGUCACCCACGCUGUGGUUACUGUGCCAGCCUACUUCAAUGACGCUCAGCGUCAGGCUACAAAAGAUGCUGGUACCAUUGCUGGGCUGAAUGUGAUGAGAAUUAUCAACGAGCCAACGGCUGCUGCUAUCGCGUAUGGACUGGACAAGAGGGAGGGCGAGAAGAACAUCCUCGUGUUCGACUUGGGCGGUGGAACUUUCGAUGUGUCCCUCCUCACGAUUGACAACGGAGUCUUUGAGGUUGUGGCUACUAAUGGUGACACUCACCUGGGUGGGGAAGACUUUGACCAGCGCGUUAUGGAACACUUCAUCAAGCUCUACAAGAAGAAAACAGGGAAGGAUGUCAGGAAGGAUAACAGAGCUGUGCAGAAGCUACGGCGGGAAGUGGAGAAGGCAAAGCGAGCCCUGUCCUCUCAGCACCAGGCUAGAAUUGAAAUAGAAUCCUUCUUUGAAGGAGAGGAUUUCUCGGAGACGCUUACUCGGGCCAAGUUUGAGGAACUGAACAUGGACCUCUUCCGUUCCACUAUGAAGCCUGUUCAGAAGGUUUUGGAAGACUCUGACCUGAAGAAGUCUGACAUUGAUGAGAUUGUGCUUGUUGGUGGCUCUACCCGCAUCCCCAAAAUACAGCAGCUAGUGAAAGAGUUCUUCAACGGGAAGGAGCCCUCUCGCGGCAUUAACCCAGACGAGGCCGUCGCCUACGGUGCGGCUGUCCAGGCUGGCGUUCUCUCUGGGGACCAGGAUACAGGUGACUUGGUGCUGCUCGAUGUCUGUCCGCUGACCCUCGGCAUUGAGACCGUCGGAGGCGUCAUGACUAAGCUGAUCCCGAGAAACACUGUUGUUCCCACGAAGAAGUCUCAGAUCUUCUCCACGGCCUCUGACAAUCAGCCCACUGUGACAAUCAAGGUCUAUGAAGGUGAGCGGCCCCUCACCAAGGACAACCACCUCCUGGGAACCUUCGACCUCACCGGCAUCCCUCCUGCCCCCCGCGGCGUCCCCCAGAUCGAAGUUACCUUUGAGAUCGACGUGAACGGGAUCCUCCGCGUCACGGCCGAGGACAAGGGCACCGGGAACAAGAACAAGAUCACCAUCACCAACGAUCAGAACCGGCUGACGCCUGAGGAGAUUGAGAGGAUGGUUAACGAUGCCGAGAAGUUCGCGGAGGAGGACAAGAAGCUCAAGGAACGCAUCGACUCCCGCAACGAGCUGGAAAGCUAUGCCUAUUCUCUGAAGAACCAGAUUGGGGACAAGGAGAAGCUGGGGGGCAAGCUGUCCUCCGAGGACAAAGAAACGAUCGAGAAAGCGGUCGAGGAGAAGAUAGAGUGGCUGGAAAGCCAUCAGGACGCGGACAUCGAAGACUUCAAGGCGAAAAAGAAGGAGCUGGAGGAAGUCGUUCAGCCCAUAGUCAGUAAGCUCUACGGCAGCGCGGGCCCUCCCCCGGGUGACGAGGAAGCGGCGGAGAAGGACGAGUUGUAGACGGGGGGUGUCUCCCCCUGCGGUGUGUGUGUAUAUAUUGGACUC